AUGCCGCCCCGCAAGAAGCAGAAGACCGGCAGGUCAGGCGCCGAUGCUCUGUCAGUUGGGCCAGCGGCCACUGUUGUCCCGAGCCGCCUGGAUGAUGUACCCCAGGUCAUGAAGCAGGCGCUGCUCAUCCUCGAUGCUAUCCAUGAGUUGCGCCAUUGUGACGAGAAGACGGUGCAUUUAGAGAAGUGCUCUGUUCUUGAACCUAUGCAUGGGGUCUUUGCCUGGCCGAUUUCGUGGGGGGGCACUUUCAAGGACAUCGCCCAGAGAGCUUGGAGUGAUCCCGACCAACUUCUGGAGAUGAGCGCCUCUCUGUGCCACAGAGCCGGUUUCAUGGAUUCGCCUGACCCCUCAGAGUUCCUGCAGCAGUUUUGCAAGAUGGAUGGAGAGACUGUGGCUAUCAAGCUCCCUUGCAGUCCUUUGAGACCUGUCAAUCUAGCUGUUGGGUGCCUGUACUUUAGCGACGGGUCGCAGAAGACCCUGGGGGCAUUCAUGGUGUGGCUUUCUUUGAUUUUGGCUACACGCUUGCCAGACUUUGACAACAGCGACCUGGAGCACCCCGCGUUCUUGGCCUUGAUGAGCUCACUUUUGAGAAUCCGCACCGUCCAGAAAGCCACCACCGGGUCUGGCGAUGAUGUUGACAGCACGCUCGCCCGGAUCAUCAAACAGAACAUGGACGCCAAGGUUCAGGCGGUUUCGUCUUUAACAUGGACAAGCAUUCUGGCUAGCCUGGGCGAUGGUGUGAGCCUUGACACCCUGAUCUCCCGGUACAACAGCCAUCCAGAGGUGAAGGCAUUCGAUGACCAGCAAACAACGGCAUCCAUAUCACUCGAUGGCCGAAAGCGGCAGGCCGCACCGCCGCAUGAAGAUGCCAUGAGUGGGCCGCUGCCAAACGAGCCCUCAAUUACUUUGAAUUGGGCUCUUCCCCUGACAGAGUCAGCCCAAGAGCUUCUGUUUUCUCGGAUUCAGCUGACUUUCGACAGAAACACUUCCAUGAUGCCCGUGACACAACGGAAAAAAUACCGGCUGUCUGGGGAUGACCUCCUGCGUGUGCGCAAUUUGGUGUGCCUGUUCGACCAGAUCCUCCCGCACAUCAAAGCUCGUGUUGGUCUUGAUUCCGCAGCUCAGUGGCUGGAAGACGUGCGCUCAGGCGCACAGCGAGACAAUGAUCUCACUUCCCUUCUACAUCUGAGGCCAUCGGUGUUUUCCAUGAGCAUGUUGCCCUCGGAGCAAGAGCAGGCGAAGCGCUCUCUGGAGGAAGUCGAAUUGAAGAAGUGUGAGGACAAGGAAGCUCAAAGGUUGGAGGUCACAGCAGCCCAAUGGAACUUCUUCAAAGGGGCGCUGGCCCGAGACCAGUCAAAGCUGGAUGUUGUUCAGCAAGCGCCCCGGUUGGUGCGGCAGCGGCUGCAUGCAAAGCAGGUGGCGGCCAGAUCGCGCCUGAUCUCUGAUGGCGAAUCGGCCUGCAAAGGAUACCAGGACACGGAGACCUAUUUGCGAGUGGUGCCACUGGACAAGAUGGAUUUGCUUGGGAGCGAGAUCAGCAAGUUCAAGAGUCAGAUUGCUGAAGAGAUGCAGAUUGGGACCGACUCGAUCUUUUGCUUGGGACUGUGUGACUACAAUGCUCCCGGUGCACGACAGAGCUCAAAGGCAGAGUCCUUGGCCCAGGGAAUGGCCCAGGUGAAUGCUGCGGGACCUUUGAACAACAAUGCCGUUGUGUGCCUUCUCCCUGACCACCCCAAGGACAGUUGCAUCCGCGGACUCUACGACGAGGAGAAGGUUAUCCUGGAAGCCCUAUUCAGUCACCGCCAGUCUGUAGAGACUCGAUUCAUCGACUUGUUUACCCGAGAGAAGAAGUCUGAAAACAAGUCGAACAUGCGGCGCUUUGCCGCGAGUCGCGUCGUGGUCCACAGCGACAGCUUAGACGGGAACUCCUGGCUAGCUUCCGAGUUGGCGGUCUGUGGAAGACCGGUGGGGCGUGCUGAGCAGGAAAUGGGUGCUCCGACGUCCAUAUUGCCAAAGUCCUCGGCCCUGCUCUUGCCUGAAGCCGGUUCGCCGGACUUGGACCUAAAGCUGUCUGAACGGGUGCGCCCCUCGCAGGAGCAAACAUCGGCGCAAAAGGGGACAGGGCGGCUUGAAAUGCUGCUGGAGAGCGCUUUCCGCCACGCGCGGAUCAGUGGGCCCACCCUCGUGAUCAACCUGACGGGCUACGUCGAAGAGGCCGCUGCUGCAGUGUUGAACUUGCGGCUGAAGGGCCCCUUGACUGGAGAAGGUGGCGGCUAUGACUUCUCCAACCUCUACUACUUGUCAGCCCACACCCUGGAAAGCAAAUCCGGCAUUGCGUAUGCAAAGCAGCGAGUGUAUAGGGAGCUCCUGGACGCCUGGUUGAGCAAGCGCUUGGCUUUCCAAGGGAAGAAGUACGACGACUCAGAGCUUGCAGACAUCCCGCACUCGGAGUGCAUCAAGUCCGCAGACAACUUGGAGUUGGAAGUUUUGGUUCGGCAAGGCUUGAAGAUGGCCAUACAUCCUGACCAAGUCAAGCAAUGGACCAACUCUGGCUCAGGUCUCGAGAGCGAAUUUCGAAAGCUGGAGGCUGCGCACAUCGAGAAAUACCAGGAUUGCCUGGCCGGCAUCAUCAAGGACCAAGGCCAGGGUACGCCCAGUGUAGCUGGAGGCUCGACUGCGAGUGCGGGCGCUGCCGGAACCAUGGUGGCCGCAAACGAUGACAAGAAUGAAGAUGACCCGACGGACACUGCGCCGGCCCCGAUUGCCCAGACUGAUGGUGAUAGCUUUGAAUCCUUGGAGAAGCUUCGCGAGUCCGACCCUGUCGAGAUCAAAGUUCUGUCUGAGAUAGCAGGGGUGGAACUGAUCAAGACCAAAAGUGGCAAGAUCUGGCUUUAUUGCGAGAAGGAUCGGAUCCUGCAGCGCCACCUUCAAGUUGGCGGGUAUGUUCCUUGCAGUGAAGCUGGGGACGGUGUUGCCAUGGAAUGGGCAGAGCGGGACAAGACGCUCAUCCAGGUGGAUAUGAGCAGCGUGACGCCUGACACCGCCCAGAUUCAGGUGAUGUCGUUGUACCGCUUCCUGGUUCUUUUGGAACGCAGCAAGAAACUAUCGCAAUACAAACCGAGCUACACUGAAUGUGUUCGGAAGUCUGGCAGCUCUGGUGGUUCAGACGGCUUUGAAGUUUCCCUGAAAGAUCCUCACAAGUACAAAUCCCUGGCUUCCGCAGAGAAAGCCGCAACGGCGAAGAGCUUCUUUGGUGCCAACAUGGCCGAGGUCGAGAAGUCCACCUUCCUGGCCAAGAUUUUCCGGUGGCGAUUCGAACGAGUACACGCGGUGUGCAAAGUGCAGAAACCAUACGUGAUCCUGAAGUCAGCCCUUCAGUUGAGGGCUGGUCAGCCCUUUUUGGUUGCCUAG